AUGCGGUUCCUGUGUCUUCAUGGUGCCAUUGGCAACAUAGAUAAAAAUCUGGAAGGCGACAGUUCUGCGUCUUUCCAUUAUAUCAAUGCCCCCGUGCGGAUCACUCCCCCAUCAGGAUUUGAGGAGUAUUUUGGAGUUGGGCCGCAUUAUCGCUGGGCAGAUGAUGGUGGCGCCGCGGAGGACUCUAUGAUUAGUCGCGUUCGCACAAUUCCCGAUGGGCAGAACCCUGAAGAUGUAAUGAGAGAUUUAGUCGGAGAUCGAGCAGUGAUGUGGCUCAAUUACAAAGAUGUGAUGGACUAUCUCUACGACACACUGGAGAAAAAUCCAGCUAUUGAAGGUGUUAUCGGAUACAGUGAAGGGGCCUCCAUUGCUGCAACUCUUAUCCUGGAUGAAGAGAUACGAUUCCAGGAGACUGGACGUCCCCGUCGGCUGAAAUGUGCUAUGUUUUUCACUGGCUGGCCUCCGAUGAAUCCUGAAAAGGGUGUUAUCCUUGCCGAUGAAAGUGAUCUAGUCAUUGAUAUUCCGACCCUCCAUGUCGUCGGUGCAAACGAUCCUUUCCGACAUGGUGCCUUCGCAUUAUACAAUGUCUGCGACACCGAUACUGCUACAUUCUUCGAUACUGGUAAAGGACAUACUAUUCCGCGCUCAGGCUUGGUGAUCAAUGAACUAGGUGAUGCAGUUCGAGGACUGAUUGAAAAGGCACGUUCCUCUUGA